ACUGUUUUAUUUUAGUUACUUUACGUUAUUAGAUUAACUUUAGAUUUGUAUUAGUUUUGCUGUUAAUUUUAACAUUGCAUGUCUGCGGCUUAAUUAUGCACUUAGUAUUUUAACUGCCUUUCAUUUCGGUCAAGUAUUUGGUGUUAUUUAAUUCAGUAUUAUCGAUUUUUAGUGCGUAACAUGUUAGACGGAAUUUUGAUCUGCGUGUGUCUUUACACUGCCGCGUUGUUUCUACUUGGAAGCGCGCUGACUGCGGGGCUACUGGUGGUCCAUGUGGCCGUGGUGCCACUCGUGUUCCGCUACUCCAAGACCUUCCGCCGGAGCCUCAUCUUUGCCAACUUUGUACAAUGGCCUCUGCACAUAGACCACGAAGACCCAGCGUCUAGCGGCAUAGAGGGGGCACGGAACCUCAGCAUCGAAUACCAGUCUAAAGUUGAUAGCUGUCCCAUCAAGAUCGGAAUAUGGCACAUCCUCCCAAAGAGUGUGUACGAGCGCUUGAAGCAGCACUUCUCCGAGGGUUGCGACAAGGAACAGCUCCAUAAGCUCCUGGAUGAGGAACUGGCCAACUCCAAGACACCUAUCAUCUUGUACUGCCACGGAAAUUCAAAUUCUCGAGCGGCGUCACACAGGAUUCAGCUCUACAAGUUCUUUCAGCAGAUGGACUUCCACACCAUAGCCUUCGAUUAUAGAGGCUACGGAGACUCUACCAACAUUCAUCCCAGUGAGAAUGGCGUGGUAGAAGACUCUCUCAUGGUGUAUGAGUGGUUGCGAAACACCGUCGACAAGGGGACUAGACCUAGCAUCUUCGUGUGGGGGCAUUCUCUAGGCACGGGAAUAUCGUCGCACCUCCUCGGCAACCUUCCCGAGUUAUCAACAGUCCUGCUGGAGCGGCCCGCGCUGCCGCUACCCAACGGUCUGAUACUGGAAGCUCCUUUCAAUAACUUGGCCGAUGAAGUUGCACACCAUCCCUUAUCCAAGCUAGUAACGUGGCUACCCUACUACCAGCAGACCUUCGUAUCGCAGUUCGUGUCCCGGCCCGAGCACUGUUUCCGCUCGGACGAGCAUCUCGCUCGCACACGCUCCCUUCCCGUUCUAAUCCUACAUGCGAGGGAUGACGUGAUAGUGCCACAUGUUGUUGGGGCUAAAUUGUAUGAAUCUAUCCGUCAAUCGCGCGGCGAGGGCGACGCACCAGUCACACUACAUUCGUACGACAAGAGCGAGAAUCUCGGACACAAGUGGAUCUGCAACGCUAAAGACCUGCCCGAGGUCGUAGGGAAAUUCGUGGAAACGCAUCGAUCUUCGAAGUGAACGCCUAAUAUUAAUACAAUUAAAUAAUAUUGCUUUACUGUCACAAACGUCACCGAGCGAGUAUUUAUUUAAUUAUAAAAUAUUAGCUUCUUAGUGCACUAUAACAUUUAUAGUUUGAAUUCUAUGAAGACCCUAAUCUGUUCAACAAAAGCCAUUAUUUCUUUAAUACGAGCGGUCGGCUCCCGUGUUAGGUACGUGGCAAAGCAACAAAGUCGUUUAAAAAUCAACUCUAUCGUGAUAGUAUUAAGGUUCAAAUGUAUGUAACAGCUCAUACGAGAUAACAUGUUUUGGUAAUGUAGGACGAUCGACCACCUCAAUGUAGGCGAACGUUCACAUCAUUACAUAGAUUUAAACCUUAAUACUAUCACGAUACAGUUGCUUUUUAAAUUACAUUUUUGCUUUGCCACGUGCCUAAUACGAGGGCUGACCGAUCGCAUAAAAGAAACAAUGGCGUUUGUUAACAAAUUAGGGUCUGAGGACUAAAAAUCAUUUUAGAAAAUUCAUACUAUAUUAGCCGCAGUACCAACUGGCAACUGAGGUCAUAAUGCCAUCUCUUUCACUCUUGGUUGGUCUUAAUAAGGGUAAAAAAUACAGCAUUAAUACCUCAGUCGCCAGUUGGUAUUGCGGUGACUAUAUAGUCCAAACAGUAGGUAUCAUUUCUACAACGAGAUUUAGUUUUUAGUCUGUUUUUCUAAUAAUAAUGUAUACUUCUUUCAGAUGUCAACUUUGUUUUAUUAAUGCUAGUUUAUUUUAAUUAAAAUAGGGAUGUGACCAAUUU